AGUUUUCUUUGUAACAUAGCCUUCACAUAUUGUUGCUGUUGUUACUCCUAAUAAAUAAAUGCAUCCUAAGUAUGUUUAUUAAUAUUUGAAUCUGGGUAUAUUACUUUCAAGAAAUAAUAAAUGUAACAGCAGAAGCUUAUUCCAGUAUGCCUUUUACCUAUACAAGAGCUUCAAAUUUUUGUUUGUUUUUUCACAUCAUCAUUGUUCUUUGGUCCUAGACCAUUACAACAAAACAGCCUUCCUUAAAAAUAGAGAAUUCUUUGUAAUGAAACAGCAACUGUUUAACAAAGAAAACAAAACAUUAAGGAAUUAAGUCAUAUUUUUUUGUGAUUUUAUGGAUUAUUUGGAUGAAAUAUUUAACAUUAUCACUAACUUUCAAAGGGGUAGGGAUUUUGAUGGAAAUUUUCAAAGAAAAUGCAUGAAGUUUUAAUUUUUUUUCUGUUACGAGUAUGAAACGAAACUAAAAAUCUUUGACUUUUGUUAUGUGACAUAUCAAAAAUUAAUUUUUGGAAUAACUUUUCCUUAAAACAGUUUGUAACAAUAAAUUGUAAUUUUUACAUCAUUUAUAACCUAGAUGUCUUUAGUAGAAAAAACUGACCCUCUAAUCCACAAUGAUACUAAAACUGUAGAUGUAGUUGUCAAGAAAGAUGUUGCUGUUUUCAACUCAUUGGUAUCAGGAGCAUGUGCUGGUGCAGUUGCAAAGACUGUUAUAGCACCACUUGAUCGAACUAAAAUCAAAUUUCAAGUAUCCAAGACUCCAUUUACAUAUCAAAAAGCAUGUGAAAUCUUAUAUAAGGGAUACAAGAAGAAUGGUCUUUGGAGUUGGUGGCGUGGAAAUAGUGCAACAAUGGCUAGAGUUAUUCCUUAUGCAUCUAUUCAGUUUACUGCACAUGAACAACUUAAACUGUAUUUUGGAAGUAAACAUAACGUUGCACUUCCACCAGGCAAAAGAUUUAUUGCAGGAUCUUUAGCAGGUGCUAGUGCGGUAUGUUUUACGUAUCCAUUUGAUAUGGUUAGAGCAAGAAUGGCUGUUGCUAGAAGGACUCAAUAUAGAACUUUAAGACAUGCUUUUGCAACAAUAUACCGUCAGGAGGGUCCAAAAACCUUUUUUAAUGGUUUCAUUCCAACCUUGUUUGGUAUUACACCCUAUGCAGGCACAUCGUUUUUUGUGUAUGAGACGCUUAAAAAGAAAUAUCAUACAAAAUAUCCUGGCAUUGACUUACCAGCAUUGUACAGACUCGGGUUUGGAGCUGUUGCUGGUAUUUGUGGGCAAGGGUUUAGCUACCCUUUAGAUAUAAUUAGAAGACGCAUGCAAACUGAUGGAGUUGAUGGGAAAGGGUACAAAUAUCGUAAGUUGAUAUGGACAAUCAAGUACAUUCUGAGAACCGAAGGCAUCAUUAAAGGUUUUUACAAAGGAAUGAGUAUUAACUGGAUUAAAGGCCCCGUUGCUGUUGGUGUUAGUUUUAUGACAUUUGAUACAGUUCAGCACUUUUUAGAUAUCAUUCUACAUCAAAGUGAAGUUCACACAUGGUGAUUUUCAUGCUUGAUGCAACUACAUAAAAGAGUUAUCUGCUUAUAAAUUAAUCAAAGUUGAGAUAUUCCUAAAGAUUUUAUUGUUGUUUGUAAUUCCUCUCAAAGGUUACUUUAGAUAGCAAAUGUACGUUCCUUUAAUUUGCAUUGUAUCAUGUUUAAAAAGAUCAACUCAUUGUGAAAAUCA